UAUUCAAUUAUUGUUGAAUCGAUUGUAAACAUUUGUAAACAUUGACCUUUUCAAUAAGGUUAAGAUUUUGAACAUUUUUAAAACACUAUACAGUCAUUGUGGAUGAAUUUGAAAAUAAAAGGUGGUGAUUGAAAAAAAAAGAGCGAAAGAUAAAAAUUAAAAAAAAAAUUAAAGAGUGAUACACCCAUAUUACUCAACGAUACCGUUAGGGUAAUUUGAUUUUCGCAAAUAAUGAAUGUUCAAAAGAUUGAUUCAUCAUUGAACAACAAAAAUCUUUUGUUCGUCGGCUUCAAUCAGGAUCAAGGAUGUUUUGCUUGUGGACUACAGAAUGGUUUUCGUGUUUACAAUUCCGAUCCACUCAAAGAGAAAGAAAAACAAGAUUUUACUGGGGGAGGAAUUGGUUAUGUUGAGAUGUUAUUCCGUUGUAAUUAUCUGGCAUUAGUAGGUGGUGGUAAUAAACCUUGUUUUUCUCCUAAAAAAGUUAUCGUUUGGGAUGAUUUAAAAAAGAAACAUGUUAUUGAAUUGGAAUUUCAAUCAACUGUCAAAUCUGUAAAACUUCGUCGUGAUCGAAUUGUUGUCAUAAUGGAAACCAUGAUCAAAGUGUACACAUUUACUCAUAUCCCUCAGCAAUUGCAUGUGUUUGAAACCUGUUCAAAUCCAAAAGGUCUUGCCGUUCUUUGUCCUAACAGUAAUAAUUCCUAUUUGGCUUUUCCGUCACGAAAAAUCGGCAAUGUACAAAUUAUUGAUUUGGCCGAUGGUGAAAAGAAUCCGCUUGAUAUAACUGCUCAUGAUUCGGCCUUGAGUUGUUUAGCGUUAAAUUUAUCUGGGACAAAAUUGGCCACAGCAUCUGAAAAAGGUACACUAAUUCGUAUAUUCGAUACAACCACUGGAAUCCUGUUGAAUGAACUGCGGCGAGGAGCUAAUGCGGCGAAUAUUUAUUGCAUAAAUUUCAAUCAAGAUUCUUCUUUGCUUUGUGUAUCAAGUGAUCAUGGUACGGUACAUAUAUUUGCUGUCGAUGAUGUCCGCAAGAAUAAACAGUCCAAUCUAGCCUCUGCGUCUUUCAUUUCGAAAUAUUUUAGUUCAAAAUGGAGUUUUACUCGAUUUCAAGUGCCUGUCGGUGCUCAAUGCAUAUGUGCUUUCGGUUCGGAACCCGAUUCUGUAAUCGCUAUAUGUGCAGAUGGAAGUUAUUACAAAUUUCGGUUCAAUACCAAAGGCGAAUGUAAACGUGAUGUUUAUGCCCAAUUUUUAGAUUCAAUCGACGAUUAACAGAAAAAAAACCGAUCAAAUUGCAUACAUGCUUCUUUAUUCAUUGAAUUUCAUCGAUUUUAUUACAUAUAAAUGAUUUACAU